AUGGGGGCUGCAGAAGAUAUUUCACCAUCAGUUAUAGCUGAUGAAUGCUUGUCAAUCAUUGAUCAUGACAAUCUGAGUGCAAUUCUGGCAACACAAAAGAGGAUUUUAAAUAGAUUUGAGAAAAACAACGAAAUGCUUUGUACUCUUUCCGAGUUGUCUUCUAUGCGUUAUGACGUCAUCUCAAGUGAAAUUCGCCAGAAUAUUCGUGUGUUGACUACAAUGAAGCAUGACCUUGAUUCUAUUUUUAAGCGUAUUCGUGCCCUUAAAUCUUCAUGCUCUGAGGCUUUUCCUGCUGAGUAUAAUGUUAUUUUCGAAAGAGAAAAAUUAAUCGAGGCUAAAAGAGAUGAAGAAGAGGGCAUGUUGGCUGCAUCUUCUUUAAUUUGCCCGGCUAUUCCUGAAAUGCCUUCUAAACGAACUAUAAUGGAACCAUUAUCUGAAGAAGCUCCUUCUGAUUCUGUUUAA